CUAAUUUAGCUUGUAAACAAAAGCAAGCCAGCUGCAUUGCUAUGAGUUCUUGGGAAUUCACUCUUUAUAAGGAGGCCAUCUUCAUUUCCUCUUUACACCAUUCAAGCACAAAAGAAAAACAAAAUGAAGAGUGUAAGUGUAAGUGCAAGUGAAAGCAUUUUGCUGCUCUCUCUUGCCUGUGUUGCGCUUUGCGUGCAAUGCUAUGGCGGUACUAAAGGGUUCGAUCCUCUUACCAAGUUCAUCAAAGGUCGAACCGCAAGAGGAUGGGAGAAUUAUGGCACCACCAAGGUUGUGUCAGGUGAAUAUAAGCCUGUUUAUGUUGGACCUCAAGAGGGGCUCAAGGAGGCUGACAUGGUUUCGAGUUUGCCGGGGCAACCGCAGGUCAACUUCUCUCAGUACUCGGGGUAUGUGACCGUGGACCCUGAUGCCAGUAGAGCUCUCUUCUACUACUUUGCUGAAUCCCAAGACCCCUCGACCACGCCUCUCGUGUUAUGGCUCAAUGGAGGGCCUGGUUGCUCAUCUUUAGGGGCUGGUGCAAUGACAGAAUUGGGACCUUUUAGAGUGAAUCCAGAUGGGGAAACUCUUUGGUACAACCAAUAUAGUUGGAACACUGUUGCAAAUGUGAUCUUCCUCGAAUCCCCGGCUGGUGUGGGAUUUUCUUACUCGAAUAGGACAUCGAAUCACACCACUGGGGACGAGCAAACAGCGCAAGAUUCCUACACCUUCCUAGUGAACUGGCUGGAGAGGUUCCCUGAGUACAAAGCCCGGGAGAUGUACAUAACCGGAGAGAGCUAUGCCGGCCACUACGUGCCUCAGAUGGCCUCACUCAUCAUCCAGAACAACAAAAUCACCAACCAAACUGUCAUCAACUUGAAAGGAAUUGCUAUUGGCAAUGCACUGAUUGAUUUGGAGGAUUACCAGAAAGGUUAUUAUGAUUUUCUAGGGAGACAUGCUCUCAUAUCCAAUGAAACUCAACAACAAAUCUUGAAAAUUUGUGAUUUUAGUUUAAAUGGGACUAAAUCAGAUGAGUGCUAUGAUUACUUAUCUGAGGCUGUAGAAUCAGAAGGCCGUAUCUUCCCUUAUAACAUCUAUGCUUCCUGGUGUUCAUCCUCCUCCUCUUCCUCGAUAUCAUCAGGAUUUGAUCAGUGCUCUGAUGAAUAUGUCUUGUCAUACCUAAACACCCCUCAAGUUCAGACAGCCCUUCAUGUGACAGCGAUCCCCGUGUAUUGGACCGAAUGCAGUGGGGAUGAUUGGAAUGACUCACCAUUCACAGUGUUAUCUACCAUCAAGGAGUUGAUGGCCGAGGGGCUUAGAGUGUGGAUAUUUAGUGGAGACACGGACAGCGUGGUGCCAGUGACAGCUACGAUGUAUUCAAUGGCGAAGAUGGAGGUACCGGUGAAGACUCCAUGGUACCCUUGGUACAUCCAAGAAGAGGUGGGAGGAUACGUUGUGGAGUACGAGAAUGUAACGUUUGUGACCGUGAGAGGAGCCGGACACAUGGUGCCUAGUUACCAGCCGGAGCGUGCUCUAACGGUCUUCACUUCGUUCUUGGAGGGGAAGCUUCCUCCAACUCUGUCUUAGUCUAAGACAUGAUCAAAUGUAUUAGUACUACCAUAGUAAGAAGUGUUGCACAUCUUGUCCUUGAUUCAAUAUGCAUGCAAUCUGUGAUGAAUAACAGUGCUCAAUAAUUUAUAAACGCUACUCUUGGUUGAAA